AUGGUGCGCCUGUCACUCAACAUCCCCCACCGCGAUGCCAUAAUGGUGCUCUCUUCGUUGUCCUGCUUCUGGGUGCUUCCCUUGUCCACUCGCCUCCGCCUCGGCCGCACAUACUUCAAGAGCCUCACGCCCAAUGUCGUCCGGGUCAGCAGGCAUCGCAUCAUCAAAGGCCCUUACGAUCCACGCGAGCUGGAGGCACUCCUGUACGUGCGGAAGCACACGACGAUACUCGUACCCAGAGUGUACCGCGUAUACCACGCGUCCAACGGGCGAAUCUACAUUGAGACGGGAGCUUGUGGAGGGCGUCAGCCUGGCCGAGCUGUGGCUCAAGACGCGCCUAGUACACGACGUCAAGACGACGAUCACGGCCGACCUACACGACGCGGUUGCUUAGCUCCGCAGCCUCCGUCCGCCAGCACAACAGUCCAUUGUGGCAUGGGCAUCUACAAAGGAGGGCUUGUCGGAUGGCCGCAUUGGACCGGAGACCUUUGGGCCCUUUAG